AUGGAGCCCCCAGGCAAGCAGCCCCUGCGGGAGCUUCCCCCAGAAGAGCCCCCGCCUGAGGACUUGGGUGCCAAGGCAGCUCCCAGCAGGCAUGUUCUCUACGUGGGCCACCUGAACCCCCAGUUCUCGGUGCCGGUCCUCACCUGCCUGCUGAGAGACGCCCUGGAGCGUCUUGAACUGCCGGUGGCGCGAGAGCACAUUGAGGUCGUCCGGCGGCCACGCCAGGCCUACGCGCUGGUGCAAGUGGCCACCCCCGAGGACACCCUGGCCUCCCUGCCCCAGCGCCUGCACACGGCCUGGGGGCAGCACCAGAUCAUCAAGGAACUGGUGGCCCGCGGGAAGGAGCCGGUGCUGGGUGAGGGCCGGGAGCCUUCAAACCACCAAGAGGAAGAGGAGAGUGGCCCCAGCCCCGGCCUGGUCCUGGGCUCCAGCCCUCCGAGAGCCAGGCCGGCCCGACCCCUUCCCACCCGGGCAUUGGGUCCGCAAGGAGUCUCCCCCAGCUGGCCCAGCGGCACGCGCUCAGACAGCGCCAUCACGCACCAGGGCAUCCUGGGCCAGGAGCGCCUCUUCCAGGGCGCCUUCCUGGGCAACGAGACGCGCAACCUGGAGUUCAAGCGCGGCGGCGGCGAGUACCUGAGCCAGGCCUUCAAGCACCACUUGCGGCGCUACGUGUGCGCCUUCCUCAACAGCGAGGGCGGCAGCCUGCUGGUGGGCGUGGAGGACAGCGGCCUGGUGCAGGGCGUCCGCUGCAGCCACCGCGACGAGGACCGCGUGCGCCUGCUGGUGGACUCCGUCCUGCAGGGCUUCAAGCCCCAGGUCUUCCCCGACGCCUACAGGCUCACCUUCAUCCCCGUGGUCAGCACCUCCACCACCGACACGCCCCUCAAGGUGAUCCGCCUGCGCGUGCAGGCUCCCAAGGCCCAGGCCGAGCCGCAGCUCUACGAGACCGACCAGGGGGAGGUGUUCCUGCGGCGGGACGGGAGCAUCCAGGGCCCGCUGUCCGUGCGCGCCAUCCAGGAGUGGUGCAGGCAGAAGUGGAUGGCUGAGCUGAGCAAGCUGGAGGAGAGGCUGCGGGCGCUGACGGCCGAGAAGGAACAGCUCCAGCAGCAACUGCAGCAGCAGCAGCACAGGCCCGUCUCCUGCACGUGCUGCAUCUUGUGA